AUGGAAGGCGCCAUCAACCACAUGGAUUCCAUCGGUCGACCUACCUCAAAAGUCCUUGCGCCGCCAGGAGGUGGGAGCUCCAACAUCUUCGGGACUGAUCCAGAGCCUGUGAAACAAACAGCAACAAGAAACAGGAAGAAUGAGUCCUCCAUCUUUGGUGCUCCGGAGCCCGUUCAAACUCAGAAACCAGCUGAACCAAAGGUCGAAGCAGCUAAAGAAGCUGCACCUCCCAAAGAAGCUCCAAAAGAGGCCCAGAAAGCUGAAGAUGCUGCCCCAGCUCAGACCAACCAGAAGACUACUUCAAUCAAGGUCCAUGCUCCCCCAGGAGGAAAAUCAAGCAUCUUCUUCGGCUAA